AUGGAGACCUCUCUGCGGACACUGCUGAGACUCCUGUUCCCCCGGCUGCCACUUAUCAUCAAGACCGCCCUUCUCAACGCGCUAUCCCUUUCCAAGAGUUCGUCCAAACAGGAUGUGAAGACUGAAGUCGCUGUAGUUCUCCUGCGAGAUAUUACCAGCGCAAGACGCACUAUAGGUUUUAUGCAACGCUACUCAUCGAGAGGUCCUCCCAUUAAGGGCCCGACGGUCGUGGCAAAAGUAACAGUCCCUCCACCUCAGGACGACGGUGGGGUCAGAGAUGUACUGUGCAGUGCUAUCAAAGAGUUGGGAUAUGGCAACGAGGAAUAUGCUGUUCCUGACAUUGCAGCUGUGGAAGCCGAGUGGACUGGCUACAGAAAAAAUGUUCCUCCCAACACGCCCAGACCCGAUUUGCCAGAGCCGGAACAGUACAAACUCCUGAUGAAGGACGUCUCCUCGCCCGUCACGAUACUAUACUUCCAUGGCGGCGCAUAUUACCUAAUGGACCCCGCGAGCGUUCGCGACACGACGACACGUCUGGCGAAGCUGACGGGAGGGCGGUGCUACUCAGUCAGAUAUCGGCUCGCACCGCAGCACCCUUUCCCGGCACAACUUCUCGACGCCUUGGUGGCUUACCUAUCUCUCCUACAUCCACCCUCAGGGUCACUUCACGAGCCUGUACCGGCGGAAAACAUUGUCUUUUCCGGGGAGUCAGCAGGAGGCAAUCUGGCCAUUGCCUUGAUGCAACUCCUUCUAGCCCUGCAGAGAAUGGGUACCAGCACCAUUAGAUUCCACGGCACUGAUGUUCCGGUUCAGCUGCCUGCUGGCGUUGCCGUCAACUCCCCCUGGGUGGACAUCACCCGUUCACUGCCCUCCAAUAUCGCCAACGCCCACUACGACUACCUCGAGCCUCUCGGUCACACGGGACUCUCGAACACCGAACCAUUGCCAGAUGAGUUUUGGCCUACAUCGCCUCCUCGCGCCGACAUCUUCUGUAAUGCCUCGAGCAUGUUACAUCCUCUGGUUUCGCCCAUGCAAGCCCAUCCAGGUUUGUGGAAAGGGAUGCCACCUAUCUGGAUGUGUGUGGGGAACGAGACUCUUGAAGACGAAGUUGAGGUGCUUGCGCGCAGGAUGGCCCAGGGAGGCGGAAUGGUCAACUUCGUGGGCUACGAGGGAAUGCCGCAUUGCUUUGCCAUGAUCUUUCCAACCUCGCCCAUGGGCAAGGAUUGUUUCGAGAGAUGGGCCCAGUUCUGCUUGGAAGUGGUCAGCGGCUCGUCUCCAAGCUCCAGCAGCACCGCUCUCUGGGCCAAGGCCAAAACGAACCCGAUACAGUUUGAAGAAAUAGACAUACAGAGCCUUAAUACGCUUACCGAUCAGGAAGUGGAAAAGAUCACCACCAAUAUGCAGAAGCAUUUCUUGCAGCGAGAGAAUGAGCUGGUGAAGAAAUGGACAGAACAGCAGGCCACAGCCAAGUUAUGA